CUUCAGUCAUCCUGCGCACUGAGCCAAUGGGAUUGGCUGCCCGGUAAACUACGCCAUGAACCCCCCCUCUCGCUGUUCUUUAUUAAAACCAGGACUGUGUAGGAAACGAAAGUACUUCUGAAAGAUCUGGGAAGCUACAUCGUUGUUUCAGUAGGACCUUGAAGAGCAUCACAGAGAUGUUUACACAGACCCUGGUCGUGCUGGGAUUGGCUCUCACAGCCGCAGCGCUGCCCAUGCCCAAAGCCCAAAAUGGGAAGAACUGGGUGGUGAUCGUGGCUGGCUCCAACGGCUGGUACAACUACAGGCACCAGGCCGAUGCAUGCCAUGCCUAUCAGAUCGUCCACAAGAACGGGAUCCCCGAUGAGCAGAUUGUUGUGAUGAUGUACGAUGAUCUGGCUCAGAGUGAAGAUAACCCCACUAAAGGCGUCGUCAUCAACAGGCCAAAUGGCACGGAUGUGUACAAGGGGGUGGUGAAGGACUAUGUCGCUGAUGAAGUGACUCCAGAAAACUUCCUGGCUGUGCUGAAGGGCGACUCCGCUAGUGUGAAAGGAGGAUCCGGAAAAGUGCUGAAGAGCGGGCCAGAUGACCAUGUGUUUGUGUACUUCACCGAUCACGGGGCACCUGGACUCCUGGCCUUCCCCAAUGAUGAUCUGCAUGCCAAGGACUUCUUGGAGGCCAUCAACUACAUGCAUGACAAGAAAUUGUACAAGAAGAUGGUGUUGUACAUCGAGGCUUGUGAAUCUGGAUCCAUGAUGAAAAAUCUGCCCACAGACAUUGAUGUCUACGCCACCACUGCUGCCAACCCCCACGAGUCUUCCUACGCCUGUUACUAUGACGAGGCCCGUGACACCUACCUGGGCGACUGGUACAGUGUCAACUGGAUGGAGGAUUCUGACGUGGAGGACCUGAACAAAGAGACUCUGCUGAAGCAGUUCAAGAUCGUCAAGAAAGAGACCAACACUAGCCAUGUCAUGCAGUAUGGCGACAAGGCCAUGGCUCACAUGAAGGUGAUGGAGUUCCAGGGCGCCUCAAAGAGCAACGCCUCGUCUGCCCAGCCCAUCUCCCUUCCUGAGGUGCGGGAGCGUGACCUCACCGCCAGCCCCGACGUCCCAUUGGCCAUCCUUAAGAGGAAGCUUAUGAAGACCAAUGACAUCGCAGUCGCUCGUGGUUACCUGUCAGAGAUCAACACACACCUCAAGACACGUGAACUCCUGGCUGAGACCAUGCGUAAAGUGGUCCAGAAGGUAACGGGUGGCACCGCUGCUGACACUGAGAAGCUGCUGAGCGAGCGCAUGGACCUGACCCAGCACCAGUGCUACAAGAUGGCCGUCACACACUACAGAACCAGCUGCUUCAACUGGCACUCUGGCCCUCAGUAUGAAUAUGCCCUGAGGCACCUCUAUGCUCUGGUGAACCUGUGCGAAGUUGGACACCCAGUAGAAAGGAUCACAUCAGUCAUGGAUGAUGUGUGUUACUUCAGGAUGUAAUUGGCCUUGAGCCUCCCACGCGCAAACAUCUGGUUUGCUGUCAGGCUGUUGAGUGCUGUUUUCUGAAAUGGAUAGCGUCCUCUUUGCACUAAGAAAUCAACUUAAAAAGAAUACACACAACCAUUUUUAUCACACUGCAAUCACGUUAUUUUAGGAUCAUGUACAUUUUUGUUUUGUUUUGUUUUGUUUUGUUUUUUCCACCUUGAGAAUUUUAUUGACAUUUUUAUAUUGAAUUGUACUAAAUGUGAAAAUGUUGUUUUGUGUUUUUUGUUUUGUUUUUAACAAGGAGCUUUUACUCUGCCAGUGGCAAAGUUAACGGCAAAGUUUUUAAGUCUUGCCUUUAGGAAAUUUAUUCUGUUUGUCACUACUGGAGCCCAAUAGUAUUGAUCCUCCAGCUACAUAGGGGAUAGAGAUUACAAGUGCUCUAUUUCCAUCAGGGUUAUAGAGAUAUUCCAACAUUUCUGAGGCUGUAGAAUAUGGAUCCGGUUUCUUUUCUGUGACUGUGGAAUGUGAAGUAUAGUUAGUCCUCCAGUCUAAUCUUCUCUAAGGUUUUGCACCCUUUAGACCAGUUAAAGAUCAGGAGUCAAAGUCGUCUCGCCAUGUUCCUAUACACUGUGGUCAUUCACUACUACGCCAUCUGGUAUUUACUUGUUAACCCUCUGCUAGCUAGCUAAUCCAUCUGAUCCGUUCGCUCUAAAACGCUGAGGAGGAAUGCUACUCUCUGGACCCGGACUGCCCAGCUGUAGAGAAAGCUGGCCAGAUUUAACCACGCUUGGACCUCUAAUGGUUGCCUCUAUGGCCGUCUCUCUUUUUCAUAACAGACCUGGGGCUUUCUGGUGGCUGUCCAAUGCUUGCAGUGUUUAAAAGAUGAGUGUAUGAUGUUUAUCCAGUUGGGAGUAAACUACUAUGAAGGGGUGGGUGCUUUCGUUGGUUGACAAUCUAAAUUCCAGAGUAAACUGGAAUCCUUUGCUUUGUUUAGUGACAACUUUUAAAGCUGAUGAAAAAGCAAUAUUUGUCUCUGGUACCAGAUCAGCACUGCCCUGAAGUUGAAAUUGGACUGAGCAGUUGUAGCUUUGCUUGAUAGAUUUUUUGCUCUUUUUUUUGUCUGACUUGCUUCUGUGUUGGCAUGGCCUCCGAUUCAAACUAUCUUCCAAGCGUCAGUUUGCACUGUUGACAGAGCUCUGUCUCCUCUUUUCAGAGGAGAUGUUUGAUCUGUGUGUGAAUUAUCAAAAAUAAAUUGAUACCAAAUUGA